CUGUAUAUUCACAGAGCAGGUAGAGAGAGGGUGAUCUCGGUGCUGCAUCCAGUACAGUGCAUGUUGACUGCAUACUUACAUAUCUAGCACUGCACAGGGAAGCCCCGGAGAUGGAGCUCAAAGAGGCCGGUUUGCGUCGCCAGGCUGUGAAGCGGCAUCUUCACAAACACAAUCUGAAGCAUCGCUAUGAGUUCUUAGAGAGUUUAGGGAAAGGAACGUACGGAAGAGUGAAGAGGGCCCGGGAUAAGCAAGGAAGAGAGGUUGCUAUCAAGUCAAUCCGCAAGGACCGUAUAAAAGAUGAGCAGGAUUUGCUGCACAUCCGGAGAGAAACUGAGAUUAUGAGUUCCCUUUGCCAUCCUCACAUCAUUUCUAUAUAUGAAGUGUUUGAGAACAGCAGUAAGAUUGUUAUUGUGAUGGAAUAUGCCAGCCAUGGUGACCUGUAUGACUAUAUUAGUGAGCGGCAACGGCUUACGGAGCAGGAGGCCAGGAGAUUCUUCCGACAGAUAGUGUCUGCUGUGCAGUACUGCCAUGCAAAUGGAAUUGUACACAGAGACCUAAAACUGGAAAAUAUUCUUUUAGAUGAAAACAAGAAUGUGAAGAUUGCAGAUUUUGGUCUCUCAAACAUUUAUCACUCAGACAGUUUCCUGCAGACAUAUUGUGGAAGCCCUCUGUAUGCUUCACCAGAAAUAGUUACCGGCAAGCCAUACGUAGGACCUGAGGUGGACAGCUGGUCUCUGGGGGUGCUUUUGUACAUCUUGGUUCAUGGCUGCAUGCCCUUUGAUGGACAGGACUAUAAGAAACUAGUGACUCAGAUCAGCUGUGGUGCAUACAAAGAACCCAGCCAGCCGUCUGAUGCUUGUGGUCUGAUCCGUUGGCUUUUGAUGGUGAAUCCAGAGCGUAGAGCCACCCUGAACGAUGUUGCCUCACACUGGUGGGUGAACUGGGGCUACUCACAGCCAUUGUGUGAACCUGAAGCUUGCAAGGAUACAGAGUCUCCCUUUUCUAUUGUGGGUGGAUGGUUUCGUCGCUCUUCACGUCCUCUUUGGGACAACGGUUCAAAGAUGCGCUGCUUUCUGCGCCAACAUCUCCCUGGAGCAACUGUCACUCGUCAGCGAUCCCUUAAACGCUCCAAAAGGGAGAAUAACAUUACUCAGGGGGCAGGUAGUCAAGUGCCACAAGAAAAAACAAACAUUGUGACAGCAGCUCCCAAAAAAGGCAUCCUAAAGAAGACCCAACAAAGGGAAUCUGGUUACUACUCAUCUCCAGAGCACAAUGGGGGUGUAAGCCAAGGGGAGCUGGAAGAUCCACCUCCAUCUCUGCUACCUGAUGCCCCUAGAGAGCCUCAACCAUACUUUUCUGGUACUGAUAAACAAAAGGAACCUGCACCAAAUGGUGUCAGGAAGGGCAUUCUUAAACGCAAUGGCAAAUUUUCUUCUGCGGGGGCAGCCCCUGAUAUAUCUUUUGGAGCUCUGGACAGUGCAUUCAGGGAUGACAAGUCACCUAUCUGUCUGUUGAUACGGGAGCGGGCACCAUCUUCUGUCAGCCAAGAGAGUAUCCUUUCCACAGAGUCAUUUGAGUUGCUGGAUUUACCUGGUGGGUACAGGGAGAGGACAAGGGGUAGGAACCAUCCACUUCGUGGCAGCAUUUCUGCAGAAGACCUUUUACAACUGGAUAGUACAGAGGGGGAGGAGGACGACAAACCUUCCCUUUUGAACAUGGGUUGCUACAGGGCAAGGGUGACUGAGAGUUGUCUGACUCUGGGGGUAGCUGAGGAUGAGGUGAUGCAGGUUUACAGGCGUGCAAUGCGCAUUGGAAGAGAACUAAGCUGAUCUACACUUCUCAGCUUUCUCACUGCCAGAAUAGACAUUUCUGACCAAGGCCAACAGACUGUUAAAGACUAAACUUGUAGUCUCCUGCAUGGUCAGUGAGACUGUGUUAAGAGUGAAGUGGAAUUCACUGGGCUUAACUUUAAUAUGGUUUUACAGGGCCUUCAGAGUUGAUUUAAUGUAGGUAUAAAAAGAGAUGAAAGAUGAAGGCUUGAGUGAACGGAAAAAAAACUGGAAGUCUCCUAAAUAUUACUGUAAUUGGUAAGAUCUCUGAGGGUCAUAAUUGCCAGCUCCUAGUUUGAUUUUCCAGAUGCCUUAUUACCUGAUAAGAUCUAAAACUUGGAUUUAAAGAAAGGACACUAAAGAUGUAGAGUAUUGGUUACUUAUCCCAGGGUGUGUGGCAGGCCCCCACCUUGUUAUUAGAUCCGUAAUACUGUUUGGUCUUUGUAAACGAGAUUUAAUACCAUGUUACUGAAUGUAUUGCAAAGCAAUUUGAUAGCAAGAGGAGAAGUGGUACACACAAUAAGGAUUUAUGAUUUUACAACCAGUUCAAAACUACAUGUAAAUAGGUAUCUCAUAAAACAGUGUAUUUAUAGAGCCAUAAUAAGAUACAGAGAUAUUUGGACUGGCGUGGUCAUGAUUCCUUGUCAUCAAUUGUAAUGCUUCACCAGAAACAAAGAUCUAUCUUCAUACAUAUUUUUAUCCUGAUGAUAUGGUGUAAUGUCUCAUUUGAUACAGCAUUUGAGGGUGAUGAGGCUACUUACUCCUAGAAGUGUGUAGCGAGUAAUUUAUCAUCAUCUUAUACUAAAACAUACAUUCAUAGAAAUGGACCCUCUUUAACAGAUUGGGUUUAAACCUAUAAAAUAUGUAUUCAAUGAGGUUACAAUUUACAAAAAAAACAUCAAUUACAAUUGAUUACUUCUUUAAACAAAAAUGAGAGAAAUUAAAAACAUGUAAAGAAAUUUGAAUAGAAGAACAAAAAAAUUAAGACUGAAAAUGUGUACUUAUUGGAGAAUUCUCACUUUAUUUCCAUGUUUUAUUUGCACAGUGUUUGGGAACAGCUAAGAGUGUGUGUAUCAAUAUACAAAUGUUUUGUAUGCAAAUCUGUUACUUAAAGGGACACUGAACCCAAUUUUUUUUCUUUUGUGAUUCAGAUCACAUGUAAUUUUAAGCAACUUUCUAAUUUACUCCUAUUAUCAAUUUUUCUUCUUUCUCUUGCUAUCUUUAUUUGAAAAAGAAGGCAUCUAAGCUUUUUUGGGGGGGUUUAGACUCUGGACAGCACUUUUUUUUUAUUGAUGGAGGAAUUUAUCCACCAAUCGGCAAGAACAACCCAGGUUGUUCACCAAAAAUGGUCCGGCAUCUAAACUUACAUUCUUGCAUUUCAAAUAAAGAAACCAAGAGAAUGAAGACAAUUUGAUAAUAGGAGUAAAUUAGAAAGUUGCUUAAAAUAUCAUGCUCUAUCUGAAUCGCCAACGAAAACAUUUGGGUUCAGUGUCCCUUUUAAACAGAUAUUUCCAUAUAUCACAGAUGACUCCAACUCAUAUAACUGGGGCCGAAACAUUGAAAAUAAAUGUUCUUGACAAGUUAUAUGAGCGGAGUCA